CUAGUUCUUCUUCCUACUAAAAUUGUUCGCCGUCAACAAGAUUUCCUGUCGACAACAAUCCCUUUGGCUUUGCAACUGAUUCACAACGUGCAGCCCAAACAUAUUAUCUCUCAGAAAACUUGAUUGAAUAAAAAAUACACGCGAAGAAUAUCAUCCCAACCGCGUAGUAUCAAGCAAAUCCUCCGUCCCGCCGACAACAUGUCUGACUCUGACGACAUUGUCGACAUCGCUGAUGCCGGUGAUGAGGGUGAUCUUUUUGGAGAUGGCGGCGACGAGUCCGAUAUCGAGCGCCCGCUUAGUGAUCAUGAGCUCGAAGACGACGACGAUGACGACCAACAACGCGAGCGCGAAUAUGGCGAAAGCAGCCAACGAGCGCCCCAGUACAAGGAGAAGCGCAUCAUGGGACUUAGAAUGUUCCGCCAUCGAAUUCCCAAGCCCAAGGAUGGAAAUUUGCGCAUCCUUAAAGUUCCCCAGUUCAUGAAAAUUGUGCCCGAGCAGUAUAACGAGGACUCGUACGAACCGACAGCUUGGGAUCUUUCGGAAGACAAGAAGAAGUAUCCUGCGAGCGUCAUCAGGUGGCGCAAGAAUCCCGAGACGGGAAAAUUAGAGAGCAAUGCCAACAUCUAUAGGUGGAGCGACGGUUCAAUCUCCGUUGCCGUCGGUGAUCAGCACUACGACAUGGACGCCAAGUCCCUCGCGCCAACUGGCAAGGGUUACGACGAGAAGCGCGACGCGAACUACUAUGCCGCCGCCGGACACUUGUCGACCGAGGCAUUCUUGACCGUCGGUCAUAUCACGGAAGAGAUAAAGGUGCGGCCCAACGAGGCUCUCGAGGCUGCAGCAGUGGAUCGUCUCAUGGCCAAGAUGGACGAGGCAACGAAGCACAGGCACACCCAGGACGACGUCAUUUUCCGGGCCACAGAGGACCCAGAGCUACAAAGAAAGCAGGCCGAGCUGGCGGAGAAGGAACGCGAGCGCUUGCGACGCAAGAAAGAAAACGCGGCGGCUCGCUUGGAGAUGGGCUUCGGCUCAUCCAGGUUUGGCGGUCGCAGCGGUGGACUUUCGGUCGGCGGGCUGGAGAGCGGCAGCGGAGAGAGGAGGCGUGGCAAGGGAGCAGGCGACAAGUCGCGGCAGAAGCGCAGGCGGCCUGAAUAUGAUUCGGACGACGACCUGCCGCAGGGCGCCCGCCGGCAGGAUGACUACGACAUGGCCGAUGGAUUCAUUGCGCCCAGUGAUGAGGACAUAUCGGAGGGUGAGGAGGAAGACGAGGAUGAGGAUCUACUUGACGAGGACGAGGACAGGUCACCGCCAAAGGCGAAGAGGCAGAAGAAGGUCUCUGCCGACGAUGAUGCCGAGGGAGAUGCGGACGAUGCGCCAGCUGCUCAUGCAGAACAGGGUGGACGCAGGGGACGGAGGCUCAUUGUUGACGACGAGGAUGAGUGAUGAGCUGAGUACUGCGAGCCAAACUGACCACUUUUGUGGGCCAAAAUCGGAGUGUAUUGAUACGAACGCGUUUAAUUCAAAAUGGGGAUCACAUGGACUUUGCCGGAAGUGAAC